GGCUGCUCUCCCCCCAAGCCAUGUCCUCCCCGACCCUCCCCCGCCAUCCCGACUCGCCCUCCUUUGCAGAUCUCAGCAAGAAACGUAGAAAAGGCGCAACACGCCUCUCUUGUGCCGAAUGCAGACGACUCAAGCUUAGAUGCGACCGAAACAUCCCUUGUGGCUCUUGCAUCAAACGAGGAUGUGGCCCUAUUUGUCCGGACGGGUCUCUGACUACUGGGCAGGGCAAUAGGUUCGUGUUGGCUUCAACACAAGAACUUCACGAAAAGAUCUCCGAACUUUGCAUGAGAACGCGUGAGCUUGAGGACGCUCUCCGAUAUUCUCAUUCCCUAGUUUCCCAUGAUCGUCAUCCCCUCCUCAGCGAGGACCUCCUCCAAAUUAAAGCACCGCUUCAACGCGAGCCUGCUAUUGCCCGAAAUGCAACUAAAACUGAAAUAAAGGAGGAAGAACAAAGCCCCGACGUGGUUGACGCUUUUGGCUCCUUGUCGAUUAGUGCUUCUGGUGGUGCCAAGUAUUACGGUUCCAUUGCAAACUCAUGGUAUUUCCUACAGAACGAGAACAGUGACGACCAGGAAGCGGAGAAUGAUCGCUUCUCUAUUCUGCAGAAUAUCUUGCCCAAGGACGUACUUUUCCGAAGCGGGGCGUUCCCCAUCCUUCCGACGGGCGCAUCGGCGGAAAUUGAGAAUGCCCGACUCCGAAGCCUCUAUUGGUAUUUGCCUCAACCGGACAAGGCAAAUGAACUCAUAACAACAUACUACCGGAUGGCCGCCUGGAUGUACAAUCCAAUAGGUCAAGAACAGCUUUACGAAGAAGUGUACCCCACUUUUUACAACGCUGACCUGAGCUAUGGCUCUGACGAUCCGCUCACUGCACAUCGCCUCUCUGUCUUGUUUAUGAUCCUUUCCAUCGGAUGUUUGAUGGACACUUCGCAACCAGCCUAUAACAUCGAAGCCGAGAAGUAUCAUCAACUCGCUCGCGCGGCGCUUUUCCAAAGCUCCCUGUUUGAUGAUCCUACUAUCAGCGCGGUGCAAGCAUUAUUUUUGAUGACGUUCUAUCACUUCUUCUCCGACAGAAACGGGACGAACUCUGGCACCCGAUGGGCUUUGAUGGGUGUCGCGGUCAAGAUUGCACAGAGCAUUGGACUGCAUCGCGACCCUGGCCGCUGGGGCGUGGAUGAAAAGGAGGCACACAGACGAAGAGAACUCUUCUGGGAGCUGUACACAUAUGAUUCCUGGCAGUGCCACACAUUCGGGCGGCCACCAUCAUUUUAUCUCGCAUACGUCGAUUGCAAGCUCCCAUACCCGGCUGACUGCGCAGACGAGUAUACUUUCCACUCAUGGAAGCACAGGUUUACAUCGGAAUGCAUGAGCGUCGUACACGACCAGUCCUUCAACGCGAAAACACCGACGUAUAAUACCGUGCACCAGCUCGACCGCAAGUUGCGCGCGUUCCCUGUGCCGCCUAUCCUUCAAGUCGCCGGCUUUGGAUCAGACCCUCACCAGGGCGCAUUCCCAGAGAGCCUCGCUCUAACACUGCAACGUCAUGUUGUCCUAGCGAUCCGUGAGACGAACCUCCUAUAUCUCCACCGCAGCUUCUUCGCUCGCGCCAUCAGUGAUCACCCCAAGGACCCAUUGGGCAGCCCCUAUGGCGCUUCUGUCAUCGCUGCCUACCGUAGCGCGGGAUCCCUGGUAGCUCUCAUGGGCAACCUACAUGGCCAAUUGAAAGAACCCAGUGAGCGCAUAUGGUUCCUUUGGACACACAUGUUCUCUUGUGCAAUCGUCUUGGGUUCGGUUGUAACAAGAUGCCCGUCGAUGAGUCUAGCACCAUCGGCAUAUGUUCAGCUAAACUCGGCUUGUGAGUUGUUCUCGCACGCGGCUCGUGGUUUCCGUGCCGAAAAGGUGCUGGAUGUGAUGAGCCGAUUAAGGGAGAAGGCGCACAUUAGUCUAUCAGAAUUCCGGAAGGGUAAUUUGUCACCGAGCCGUCAGCUGACGGGAGGCUCCGACAUCAGCUCGCCUGUGGAUGAUAAUGACGAGCUUUCGACGUUGGGAGGCAAGACACGGCUUGUCACGAAGAAGGAGACUUCAUUGUCGCCUUCACCGGCUGCUCUCAUGGAUCGUUCCCCAACAUCAAUGAAUCCAGUCGUUCCACUUCCACUUGGGUCUGGCCAGAACCAACCGGUGCAUCCAUACGUUGUUGAUUACCUUCGGACAUUCAACCCAACGCCCGCACCUAAUGCUACGAUGAGCGCCGCCUCAUCGUAUGCCGACGCCUCUUAUACCAUGUCACCUGUGCAAGAACAUCCGAGCCAAUACGACAUGUCGAAUGGCUAUCACCAGAACUCGCAAGACCAGAUGCAGUCGAUGGAACUCGUUGCAGGGACGUAUCCCAACUACUUCCCCGUGUACGACUACAGCACGGGUGGGAUCAACGGAUACUCGCCUGUUCAAAGCACAGCGAUAAAUGGCUCUCAGAACGGUGUUCAACGGCUGCGGGACUCGCCCGAGGCGAACAUGUUCCAGUCAACAUGGCAAGACCUAGUGACCCAGAUGGGCGGCGGCCACCAACAUUAGAUGGUAAACUCGUUCCUCGGUAGAUCUGAAAGCACGCUUUGGACCCUUGACCGCAUGCUCGCUUGAUAUGUUCUGGCUAAUUACUAUAAGUAUUUCAGGUGUCGCAUUGCUUUCUUGUCUUUUGAUAUUAUUACAUGAUUUCUUGCUGGAUAUCCUCUUUCUUUCCCAGUGUAACAUUAUGCAUAUGGCAAGCUUUACACCGCCGCAUUGUUAUCGUAUCUUACUCUACUGUAGUCUGUGAAUGUUAUCACAUUAAUGUUUGUCUUGCAAUGAAAUUUCUGUUUGCU